UAAUGGAAAUGAUAUUAUAGAAGAAGAAAGAUCGAGAAAGAGAUUUACAGAGCUUGUAAAGAAGUGACAUUUAUGGAUCUGUAAAUGCAAUUUCUUCAUCUUCAAUCUUCAUUCUUCAUCUUCGAUUCGAUGUUCAUUCCGUUUCUCUAAUCACAUUCACCUCCAUUUCCAUGAGCUACAAGCCAGAGAAUCAAUGGCCUCCACUGUCGUUGUUCCAGUUCAUACGUAGGCGAUUCCAGUAAAGUCAUUUCGCGAUGAAAACGAUUUGGAAAGGAGCGAUUUCGAUGCUAUUCAUCGUUGUACUUCUCAUUACCUACACCGCUUUUACAGGAACAGUUGAUCCGAGAUCCUACUUCUUCCCCCUUUUACAGCAGUCGCAGCAGGUUAACUUCUCAUCUGCUCCUUGUUACUCUCAAGUUCCUCUCAAGGUUUACAUGUAUGAACUCCCUCGGAGAUUUCACGUCGGAAUGAUGAAUCGUCGGAGAUCUGAAGAAGGAACUGUCAACGCAAGGAAUUUACCGCCGUGGCCGAGGAAUUCGGGGCUUAAGAAGCAGCAUAGUGUUGAGUAUUGGAUGAUGGCGUCGCUACUUUACGAAUGGAGUGGAAAUGAUGAGAAUCGGGAGGCGGUUAGGGUUUUGGAUCCGGUAAUCGCAGAUGUUUUCUUCGUUCCUUUCUUCUCUUCAUUGAGUUUCAAUACUCAUGGACAUAAUAUGACGGAUCCAGCUACGGAAUUUGAUCGUCAAUUACAGGUUGAUGUUAUGAAAUUUCUAAGGCAAUCUAGUUACUGGCAGACUAAUCAGGGUCGAGAUCAUGUAAUUCCAAUGCAUCAUCCAAAUGCAUUUAGAUUCCUUAGAGAUCAAAUCAAUUCUUCGAUUCUCAUAGUAGCUGAUUUUGGUCGCUAUUCAAGGAUCGUGUCCAAUUUGACUAAAGAUGUAGUGGCACCUUAUGUACAUGUGGUGGACUCGUUUACAGAUGAUUUCUCUCCUAAUCCUUACGAGACUCGAACUACCCUACUCUUCUUCCGAGGAAGAACAGCGAGGAAAGAUGAAGGGAUUGUUCGAGCUAAACUGAAGAAGAUAUUAGUUGGAUAUGAAGAUGUCCAUUACGAAAACAGCUAUGCAAACGAUGAAAGCAUAAAAGUGUCCUCGGAGGGAAUGCGAUUGUCAAAGUUCUGUUUAACUCCGGCAGGAGACACACCAUCUUCCAACCGACUGUUUGAUGCUAUCGCGAGCCAUUGUGUGCCUGUGAUAGUGAGCGACCAAAUUGAACUCCCGUUUGAGGAUGAACUGGACUAUACAAAAUUUUCAAUCUUCUUCUCGGUUAAGGAAGCUUUAAUCCCGGGUUAUAUGGUAAACCAGCUUCGACAAUUACCUAAAGAGAAGUGGUUAGAAAUGUGGAAGCAGCUCGUGAAAAUCUCCCAUCACUUUGAAUACCAGUAUCCUCCUAAAGAAGGAGAUGCGGUUAAUAUGAUAUGGAGACAGGUCAAACACAAGUUAAAUGCGAUGAAACUGGCUGUACAUAGAAACCGGAGGCUGAAAAUCCCAGAUUGGUGGGGGAGAAGGUGAUAUAAACUGUAUACAUUACAUACUAAUGCACGAAUAAUUAACGGGUUGAAACCCUAAUCGGAGAAAGUCUUUCAUUUGGGAACCGGAGAUUUACAGGAACUUCGAAAAGCUAAUACCUAGUUAGCACAUAGUAUAUCCACCAGUUUUUUCACUACAAAAAUCUGUACAUUGAUUCAUUCUAGUUGAUUUUGUAGACAUUACUCGUGUUUGUCUCUAAUACAAUAUUUUGAUGAUUUUAUAUGUUUUAA